AUGUCGGCCAUCGGUGGGGACCGCUCCGCCUUGGACGAGCCCCUCUUUGUGCGCCAAGACAGCGAAGCGCAGCAGAAGCCUUACACUUCGGCCAGUGAUGAUGAGCAUCAGGACGAUGAAGCUGCACGGGUCUUCCAAUCCUUCCCAGACCGGCAGCGCCGCGCCAACCGCCGCGGACUCUGGACGUUACUACUCCUACUGGCGCUCACGACGAUGGGUACGCGCCUGUUCAGCCUGCCGCUCAACCGCGCCGUCGAGCUGCGGUACUGCCGCGCCUACUACGAGGAGCAUGACCCGUCGGUGCUGCCAAACCAGCCCGGCGCCGAGAUCCCGGAGGAGAUGUGCAAGGUCAAGGAGGUGCAGCAGCGGUUGGCGUGGCUACAGGGCGUGAUCGAGACGCUGAUCGUGGGUAUCGAUCUUGCGGUGACGAUGCCGCUGGGAUGGGUAGGAGACAGGUUUGGGCGAAAGGUGGUCCUGGCGCUCAACGCGGUAGGGUUUGGCUGCUUGGUGGUUUGGGUGGUGCUUGUUGGUCACCUUGACAUUCCUGUCGAGGCUAUGCUUGCCGGCCCUUUCUUGACCCUCCUCGGCGGCCACGAUUGUGUUCUGACAUCGACAAUAUUCGCCAUGGUGACAGACCUGACCGAUGAUCUUAUUCAACGAACUUCCUACAUUGCCUAUAUCUCAUCAGUCAACUAUGUCAUAUCGCUCUUUGGACCAUCGUUGGCAUCUUUGGCUAUGUCUCGCGAUAUCUGGCUUCCAUUUUAUCUGAGCAUCGCCUUCUUUACAGCCGCAAUUCCUACAAUUUACUUCCUCCCUAAAACUUCAUCUCAGCACGGCAAAACCUCUUCCAAUGUCGUUGGUCAUGGCAACGUGCCGGAAGAAGAGUCCCUCCUUGGUUCGGGUUCUUCGCCUGCUAUACGCUCAAAUAGGCCUAAGGAUCUUUCGCAGCGUUUGCUGGCACCUGUCAGAACGAUUGCACGCUUGGUAAUCGGCCGCCGCAACUUCCAAGUCCACCUGAUCGGAGGCUUCUUCCUUCCUGCACUUGCGUCCUCCAACACGCAUCUCUUGCCACAGUACACCUCUAAGCGGUACGGCUGGAAGUUCGAGCACGUCGGCUAUUUGCUGUCCAUCAAGGCUGCCGUCAACAUCACGCUGCUCGCGCUUGUCAUCCCCACAACAAUGCGGAUAUUGCUGAAGCGCAUGCCGGGGAAGGAGGUGGGCCUGAACUAUAGAGGCGCGCAGAUCAGCCUUGCGGUAUCCAUCUUGGGUGCUCUGAGCAUUGCAGCGGCAGGGACGGUAGGAGUGUUGAUGUGCGCUCUCAUCGUCUACGCCCUCGGCUCCGCCCUCCCGGUUUUCACUAUGUCUUUAGUCGAAUCGGCACCGAUAGCGGCAACCACCUCCCCCUCGCUGUCAUCAUCUGCUUCCUCGUCCGUCGCCGACGGCGAUUCUCAAGACGCGGAUCGCGACUCCUUCCGAGACGGCCUGAGCCGCGCGCCCAACAGCGCACAGCAGGACUACAGCGUCGUCAUGUUAGUCAAAACGGUUGGUUCGCUUGUGGGCGCGCCGGUUAUGACCUUUGCUUGGGUCAAGGGGAUUGGGCUAGGCGGAGCGGCCUUGGGACUUCCCUAUUUCUUAUCUGCGAUUCUUUACGUUAGCGCAGCCGCCGUGCUGUGCUUCUUGAAGCUUUGA